CUUACGCGUGCGCGGGGCGGAGCGUGUGGCCCUUGGCGCGACAGUAGGUUACUUAGCCUCCGCUUCGCUGGUUGUUCAGUACCUGCUCGGCGUGGAGAGGAACGGUCCCUGUCUGAGUUAUGGAUUUUGAAAAUCUCUUUUCAAAGCCCCCCAAUCCGGCCCUCGGCAAAAAACCGGCCGCCGACCCUGAGGAAAGAAUUGAUGGAAUAGAUGGUACUGAAGUUGAAGAAACACAGACAGAGAAAGUCAAAUGGAAAGUAAAACGGGACUGUGAACAAAUUCCCAAGAAAUUUAAGCACCUUGGAAACGCUGCAACAUCACCAAAGAGUUUACCACGUAAAAAAUCAAGAAGUAAGGACUAUGACCCAUACAGUGAUGGUGAGACAUGCAGCCAGGGGUCAGAAGAUAACUUUGACAAAGAGCUUCAGCAGUACAUACAAGCCAAAGAAAUGGCAAACGCAACUCAACCCUCAGUGCUUCCUGAGGAGUCUGUGAAGAAAGCCGGAGCGGAAGGGACCCAGCAGACUGCCAAACAAAAAAAUAAAAAAUCUAAAGCUGGUCACAAGAAAGUUAAACAGAAGAAAAUGAAGCGAAAGUGGCCUGGCACUGGAGACAAAGGGUCAAGUGCCUUGCUGAAGAACAGUGGCUCCCGAGCACAGACUGAUGAACCUGAAGAGAAGCAGCCACGUGUGAGGAUGAGCCAAGGCUUUAUCAACCAGCACACAGUGGAACGCAAAGGGAAGCAAGUUUGCAAAUAUUUCCUUGAAAGGAAAUGUAUUAAGGGAGACCAGUGUAAGUUUGAUCAUGAUGCAGAGAUAGAGAAGAAAAAGGAAAUGUGUAAGUAUUAUGUACAAGGAUAUUGUACCAAAGGAGAGAACUGCCUGUAUUUACAUAGUGAAUACCCUUGCAAGUUUUAUCACACAGGAACCAAAUGUUAUCAGGGCGAUCACUGUAAUUUUUCUCAUGCCCCUCUGACUGCAGAAACACAAGAACUAUUGGCUAAAGUUUUGGAUACUGACAAGAAGUCGUGUAAAUAGACUAAAAAGCAUGUAGAGGACAAAACUCUUCCCGCUCAGGACUUUUGAAGACUGGUGGUUUGGAAUAGUUCAUAAGGUUCCUCGGUUAAUGGGCCUUCCUGUGUCAUCAUGAUCGUGUGCAGCUCCCGUUCGACACGCACAGUGGUGGAUCAAGUGCUCAAUCGAAGGCUGGUUCUGCACUGGGCCAGGAGAGGAGCACGUGCGUGCUGCCUGGAGCUCAGUGCUGUGCUGGGCUAGGUUGCAGAAGUCUCCUCCAGUUGAGAGCUACGAUGGAGCAAGCACAAAACAGGCCAAGAGCGGUUAAGGGAGGAUGGGAGGACUAUCAGGAAGGGUGAUGACAGAGCUGCUAGGGGAUUAUUUAUUGGGGUAAUAAAUAAGUCACACCUCUACGUGUCAGUAAAUACUUUGCACAAUGUUUUUAACAGUAAUUCGAGUUCCACUUUAUGGUUUAGCCCAGAAUGUGGUUCUAUGGUCUCUUGAAAAAAACAUAUUUCCUGUUGGAUAUUUAUUUCUAAUUAUUACUGUUAUAAAUAAAGUGAGAUGAUAUUUCUUGCUA